GGCUUGUCUCAGGACCCCGACUGUCUACCAUGCAGCCUGAACAAUAAUUGCCUGAGGACCCCGGGUGCCUAGUACAGUGCCUGCGCAGCGAGUGCGCCCGUUGCCGCUGAGGACCCCGGCUGCCUUCGCGUUGCCUGCACAAUAACACUGCUCCGCCAGCCUCCGGUAGAAGUUCUAAACAAAAUUCCGCCCGGCGAGCGGCGGGGAGCCCGGCGGCAGCAGGGAGACCCGGCCUGAGGGAGCGGGGGGCCCUGCCGCGCUCGCUAUGGAUCAGUGUGUGACGGUGGAGCGGGAGCUGGAGAAGGUGCUGCAGAAGUUCUCGGGCUACGGGCAGCUCUGCGAGCGGAGCCUGGAGGAGCUGAUCCAGUACGCGGGGGGGCUGCGCCGCGAGAUCCUGCAGAGCGAGAACCAAGAUGGAGCCUUGUCAGGGACAAUUUCCCUUGUUAUGACACAGUGCUGUAAAAGAAUAAAAGACACAGUUCAGAAAUUGGCCUCAGAUCAUAAAGACAUUCACAGCAGCGUUUCCCGAGUCGGAAAAGCCAUUGAUAAGAAUUUUGACUCCGACAUCAGCAGCGUGGGGAUAGAUGGAUGCUGGCAAGCUGACAGCCAGCGAAUUCUCAAUGAGGUGAUGGUAGAACAUUUUUUCCGACAAGGAAUGCUGGAUGUCGCUGAGGAGCUCUGUCAGGAAUCUGGUCUUUCUAUAGACCAAAGUCAAAAAGAACCAUUUGUGGAGUUAAAUCGAAUAUUGGAAGCAUUAAAAGUUAGAGUUUUGAGACCCGCAUUAGAGUGGGCAGUAUCUAACCGAGAAAUGCUUAUGGCCCAGAAUAGUUCCUUGGAAUUUAAACUACACAGGCUAUAUUUCAUUAGUUUAUUGAUGGGUGGAACAGCAAAUCAGAGAGAGGCAUUGCAAUAUGCUAAAAACUUUCAGCCAUUCGCUCUAAACCAUCAGAAAGAUAUUCAGGUUUUAAUGGGCAGCCUGGUGUACUUGAGACAGGGUAUAGAGAACUCUCCAUACGUUCAUCUACUAGAUGCAAACCAGUGGGCAGACAUCUGUGACAUCUUUACAAGGGACGCCUGUGCUCUCCUGGGUCUCUCGGUUGAAUCACCUCUGAGUGUUAGUUUUUCAGCAGGUUGUGUAGCAUUGCCAGCUUUAAUUAAUAUCAAAGCUGUGAUCGAACAAAGACAGUGCACUGGAGUUUGGAAUCAGAAAGAUGAAUUGCCGAUUGAAGUGGACCUUGGAAAGAAGUGCUGGUAUCACUCAAUAUUUGCCUGUCCCAUUCUUCGUCAGCAAACAACAGAUAAUAAUCCACCUAUGAAACUGGUCUGUGGUCAUAUUAUAUCAAGAGACGCUCUGAAUAAAAUGUUUAAUGGCAGCAAAUUAAAAUGCCCCUAUUGUCCAAUGGAACAGAGCCCUGGAGAUGCCAAACAGAUAUUUUUCUGAAGAAAUGAUUCAAUGUGCAGUUUGUAAGUGACACUCUGAAUUACGGGUGCAUUUCAGAAGAAUUAAAAACACUUGUUCCAUUUUACGCAGCAGACUGAGGACUCCUGUGUUUGUAUAAGCUAAUGCUACAGAAACUUUGCCAACAUUUAGUAUAUACAUACAGAGUGGAAAUGCUACAGAAAUAAUAUUACCAUAAAGCUUUACUAUACUCUUGGUCUCCAUAUCUGAUCAAGUUACCACACCAGCAGUUGUCAUUCAAUGCAGGUUUUUGUACUUAAUUAUAUGGUGACUUUUUAAAGCAUAAACCGAUCACCUCCUCCCUCUUCUCCCCUCAAUAUGUUUAAUAUUCAUCCUGCAAUUCUUCUGUCAUCCUGUUGAUAACUGUCACCCUAGGGAAUGUUUGUGGAAAAAGUUUUAUUUCCAGUAAUGUGUACAUAAUUCAAAGUAAAUACUUCUGAAAAAGUUUGAUAAAUUGAAUAGUGUUAUAAAACUAAUUUUUUUUCCUGGGAAAAAAAAAGCUGUGAUAUAUUCUGAGUUUUCUUUCAAACAUUUUUUCAAUUUUUACAUAGAACUCAAAGUAAAUGUGCAUAUAUAUAAAAUAUAUAAAUAUAUAGCCCUGAGGGGCUAACUGUUAAAUUCCAUCACUGAUUUAUAAAAGUGGUGUGUGGAGAAAUUACUACUGGAAUGGAGUGGAAUAGGGAAUCCUGUUCCUUUUGCUUUCGUGAUCAAGAAAUGUUUGUGUAACAGAAUAUUCAAUAAAAUGGAGUUCUAAGUGGAA